GAAACGCCCUUCUUAUGUUAGAUUGAACUCCGGUUUCUGUGUCUGUCAAAUUAUUUAGCUAACAUUAGCUUCUGAGCAGUUUUGGCGAAAUUUAUACCAGGACACACUUUAACAUCUUUGUUAAAGGGACGUUUACAGUUUUCUAGCAACAACGUGUUUCACUUGAUCAUCACAGCAGCGGAUGGCCCAGACAGCACCUGUCGUUGGGCCUACUUAGAAGAGGGACACCAAUCCGAACCUCUGAAUGAGUAAUGAACCUAAACCCCUUCUGGAGCAUGUCUGCCAAUACAAGUCGUAAGAGAGCUGACAGUGAGGACCACAGCGGGCACGCAGAGCAGAGAUCCAGCCCAGCCCGGCUGCCCUUUGGCAAAAAACAGCUUCCGCCCAUCCCUAAGAAUGCAGCCCCCAUCACAAAACCUGUUUCAACAGUCACCCCCACCCAGUCAGCCAAUGGCACUCAUGCCUCCUAUGGCCCAUUUUAUUUGGAGUACUCUCUGCUGGCUGAGUUCACACUAGUGAUUAAGCAGAAACUCCCUGGUAUUUAUGUCCAGCCAUCCUACAAAUCAGCACUGAUGUGGUUUGGGGUCAUCUUCAUCAGACAUGGCUUGUACCAGGAUGGAGUCUUCAAAUUCACUGUGUAUAUUCCAGAUAACUAUCCAGAUGGAGAUUGUCCUAAAUUAGUUUUUGACAUCCCAGUCUUCCAUCCUCUCGUAGACCCCGUGUCUGGAGAGCUCGACGUCAGGAGAACUUUUACCAAAUGGAGACGGAAUCACAACCACAUCUGGCAAGUCUUGAUGUACGCACGUACAGUUUUCUACAAAAUCAACAUCACAGAACCCCUAAACCCAGAGGCUGCUGUGCUAUAUGAAAAGGAUGUGCAGUUAUUCAAAAGCAAAGUGGUGGAUAGUGUAAAACUAUGCAACAGUCAUCUUUUCGACCAGCCCAAGAUAGAUGAUCCCUACGCAAUAAGCUUUUCUCCAUGGAACCCAGCUGUUCACGAGGAAGCAAAAGAGCGGAUGUUCACACAUAAACGACGGCCUGAUGAUCACCACAAGGGAGCGCAGGUGUCGGGACUGUCCUGGGUGAAGCCCGGCUCCACGCAGCCCUUCAGCAAAGACGACGGCCCUCCUCAGAGCUGAACCUGCACCGCGCUGCAGCAGCCACCAGAGGGAGCCACAUGUAUGAGACGCCACACCACCGGCUUACCUCUGCUGUUCAUGGGAACUGGAUCCUGGCAACAGUUGGGAGAAUUUCCUGUUAAACCUCCACGUUAUUGCUCAGCUUUAAAAGCUUCGUAGGCAUCUCCUCAAACAGCUUUAGAAUAAGGAAACAAAGUGUGUAUUAUAUGUAAAUCGACGAUGGCAAAUGGAUGUCUCGGCAACAUCAUUUAGGCUGCGAUGCAAUCAAAGAGCUUUCUCAUCUUUAGAUGUUCAGAUCCAUGCACAUGUUGGGCUAGCUGAUUCAACAUACUUUCCCAAAAAGGAGCUGAAAAGUACGAGUAAAGCGUUCAUACGGUAAGUAUGGUGGACUACGUGAUCUCUGCCACUGGCUCAGGACUGUUUAUUUGUCAGACUUGGAUUGUUGUCAGUCACAGCUGUGUGAAUGAAAUGCCCUAAUUACCGCACCUCCUGUCACCCAAUUAGAAAAAUCUAUUUGUUUCUUAUUGGACAAUGAUUUGUUGUUAAUCCCAUUGUGUAAACAAUUGUCUCUCACAGUUUCCUAAUAUAUAAAGCAGAGCAGGCACGUAUGGGUUUUAAAUGAAAUGCUAGAUAUGCUCGGUGUAUUUUAUUUUGUCUGAUUUUUAAAUCAUUUUGAAUGUUUUACGUACCUUUUUGGCUGUUGGUUAUUAAAAGUUUGAUGUGUAAAUAUUGGAUGCUGUGCUGAGCAUUUUAGAGACCAUUCUCCUUUUAUUCUGCUUGGGUUUUGGGGGUUUUCUUUGCAAAUUUUAAGUUUCCUAACAGAUCGUUUGGUUAUAAGUCAAAAUAAGUUACUGUGUCCCACCAGAUUCCCAAAUAAGUCUGAAGGAAUAUAAUAAAUAUAUAUUGGUAUUUUGUCCAGCUACAAGAAAACACUGUUUCUGUUGUCAGGCUAAUGUUGUGUCUUAUUUAAUGUCUUCAAGAGGGCUUUGGCUUUUUCAUUUAUUUAGUUCCUUUCAAUAUGCAAAUAAUAACAAACUUUGAGUGUGAAACAUUUGUGGAAACACAAGGAGGAUGAAGUGACUAUACAAGACAAGCAGACAUGGUGCUGAAACUGAGCUAUUUAUAGCUUCUGCGUAAGGCCAGGGUGUCACCAAAUGUCAGUGAACUCCACACACUGACAUUUUGGCUGACGGCAUCUUCAAACGUGUGGGUUUAAUGUGUUCAAUAUGGACCCAUUCCUGCUCCAGUUUGUAAAACACAUCACUGCAUAGAUGGGGUUUAAAUGCUUUUCUCUGAAAUCAAUAAAUUUGUCAAAAACUAAA